AUGUUCACCCUCCGUGUCUUCACCCGUGUUGUUCCGCGCACCCUAUGCAGCAGACCCCUUACCGUAGCUGCCAGAUCCACAAGAACCAGCCCCAAGCUCUCCAUCCUUCAGCCAUGGAUCCUCCGUGUUCCCCGACCUUCCUACCCAGCUGCUACGUUCUCUACUACCACUCCAAGAUGGGAACCUGCAGGGCAAACUGAUGUGGAACUUGCGGCUAAGCUGCAGGAGGAGAUCAAGUAUGAAGCGAGUAAUUCAAACGUUGAGACGCCGCCGGAUUCUAUUCAGUAUUUCCUUGAGAAUAGUCCCUUUGAGCUUUCCCACAAAGAAGGUGAAGAUGAGGUCGUUCUCACAAGAACGUUCGGAGAUGAAAAAAUCCGCGUUGCCUUCACCAUCUCCGAUAUCCAAGACUUAAGCGAGAGCGACCCCACCAUCACCGGCGAAUCCGAAGAACUCGAUACUCGCAUCGACCAAUUCCAACCCCGUGAGUCGCAAGUCCCCGUCGCCCAUGAAGAGAAAGUCUCCUCCGCCGACGAAGAAGAAGCCGACCUCGCCGAUGAAGAAGAGCAAGUCUCCAGCUAUCCCGCCCGCGUCAGCGUCACCAUCGAAAAGAAGGGCAAGGGCGCCGUUCAGAUCGAAACCCUCGCCCAGGACGGCUACAUCCACAUUCAGAACGUGUCCUACUUCGCCAAGGCCGAUUUGGCGAAUGCAGCCAGCGCUGAAAAGGAGUGGACGCGCCAGAGCCUGUAUAGCGGGCCGCCAUUUGGGAAUCUGGAUGAGGAUCUGCAGACGCUUAUGGAGCAGUAUCUGGAGGAGAGAGGGGUUGAUGCGGCGCUUGCGCAGUUUGUGCCCGAUUAUAUUGAGUUUAAGGAGCAGCAGGAGUAUAUUCGGUGGUUGAAAAACCUGAAGAGUUUCAUCCAGGCAUAG